GGGGCACCCUGGUUGGGAAAUACUGUUAUAAGUUAUCACUUAUGACUAGAAGCAGUAGCCAAGUGCAGAAGCUCGUCCAUACAGCGGAAGUUUUCCUUCUUCCCGUUUCCCCCCAUAUACAGCGCAGCCUCAGCCAUGUCCACAUGACCUCCUAGCGCGCACACACACAUCGAUCCGCUCGGCGCUCGUCUGCUCCUGUCUGACUAGCUCUCCUCGGACCGCUCCGCGCUCGCUUCUCUUCCCUGUCGCCUGGCAGCUGCCCCGGAAGUUGUCGCCGGGGCCGGUUCAGCUCCGGUAAAGUCGCCGCCGCCGGGCCCCGCAGCGGGCGGGACGAAGACUCCACGGGCCACCGCUAGCUGAGCCACCGGGCGUGAAUGAAGCUCCCGGAGGAGGAGGAGCCCAGAGAGGAAGCAAGAAGAAGACCGGCACCAGGACACCAAUAUUGGCGCCACGGGGAAUGUUGGAAGCGCCUACAGAUUCCGCAGCGCUGACAAUUACGGGAUACAAACAAAGACAAGUAUCAGACAUAAUAUUACACAAUAACUAUUCAAACAAGAGAGAUUCGAGUCAAAAAUGGAAAUUGAAGACUAUAAUGGCCGCUCUUAUAUGUCCGCUGGAGACUCAUCCCUGGAAAAGGAUUUCUCUGAAGCAUUGAUCGGUCCCACUGUAAGCACGCCAAACAGCCGACACUCAUCCCCAAGCCGCUCGCUUAGUGCAAAUUCUAUAAAGGUGGAAAUGUACAGUGAUGAUGAAUCUGGACGUCUUCUUAACCAUGAAGAUCGGUUAAGUGAGAAGGAAGAUGGGGCCAUGGCUGAUGACUCGCUGGUCGAGCCGCUUGGGUACUGUGAUGGCCCUGGACAAGAUCCUCAUUCUCCAGGAGGCAUCCGCCUACCCAAUGGCAAGCUGAAGUGUGACAUUUGUGGGAUGGUCUGCAUUGGUCCUAAUGUUCUGAUGGUGCAUAAAAGAAGCCACACGGCACUCAGCGGGGACUUUAUGUUUGAUGCUGUUUCAGGUGAGCGGCCAUUUCACUGUAACCAGUGUGGUGCCUCCUUUACCCAGAAGGGGAACCUUUUGCGUCACAUCAAACUGCACUCGGGUGAGAAGCCUUUCAAGUGCCCCUUCUGUAACUACGCUUGCCGUCGGCGGGAUGCAUUAACAGGUCACCUGCGCACACACGCUGUCUCCUCCCCCACAGUCGGCAAGCCCUACAAGUGCAACUACUGCGGCCGCAGCUACAAGCAGCAGAACACACUGGAGGAACACAAGGAGCGCUGCCACAACUACUUACAGAGCCUCGGCAAUGAAGGCCAGCACCUCUCUGCACAUUCAGGUGAGGAGAUACGAGACCUGGAUCUGGGACCAGAUGCCCUGAUGCACCACUCCUCUGACCCGCCGUCUUUUAUGGAUCGGCUGGCGAGCAACCUAACAAAGCGUAAGCGCUCCACACCUCAGAAAUUCCCGGGGGAGAAACAGAUGCGACUUAGCCUUGCUGAUCUUCCAUAUGACAUGAACUCUAGUUUUGAGAAGGACAUCGAGAUGGUUCCUCAUCACCCUCUUGACCCUUCAUAUGGAAAUCCACUAGCUUUUGUUGGAGGUCCAAUGCGUUUGCCACCUACAAACUGCAUCUCAGAGAUAACCCCAGUGAUUAGCUCCGUGUACACCCAGCUCCAGCCCAUGUCAGGAAGGCCAGACAUGCCAGGAAACCGAGAAGCAGCAGAGGGCCAUGAAGACUUACCAGAUGGCACACAGAUGCAUUACAGAGGACGGACUGAGCAUGGAGCUUCUCCUACUAAUGGGUGCCAGGACUCAACCACAGACACUGAAAGUAACCAUGAAGAGAGAGGCUCUCAAGCAACCAGCAGCCGGCAGAGUCCAGCUUAUGCCAAAGAGGACCAGAGGCAACCUGAAUCAGGUGUGGUAAACCCUUCCCGUUCUGGGCCUGGUACUGCCAAGGAAACCCUGCGGGUACUGGGAGAGGAUGGUGAGCAAGUGAAGGUAUUCAAGUGUGAGCAUUGCCGUGUACUCUUCCUAGACCAUGUAAUGUUCACAAUCCACAUGGGAUGCCAUGGUUUCAGAGACCCUUUCGAGUGCAAUAUAUGUGGCUACCACAGUCAGGACCGGUACGAGUUCUCAUCCCAUAUUGUGAGAGGAGAGCACAAAGUUUAACAGAGGGGUAGAGGGAACUGAACUCUCCCUCUCUCACCUUUUUCCCCCAAAAAUGGCUCAGAGACGCAGUCAGACCAUGUGGCUGAUGGAUAUUUACCAUCAGAUUUUUCAAGAUUCUACUCCUUUUACAAAGUCUUUUUUUUUUUUUUUUUUUUCUUUUUCCGUGAUUAGAAUGGGUGGAACACGGAAAUUUUAAGCACUUUUUAAAUGUACUUUUUUUCCCUUCAUUUCAUAAUUUAAUUUAGCACUACUGUCAUUUGUUAUAGGUGAUGAAAAAAUAUCUGUCCUACAAAUGCAAACAUCAUGCUGGAUGUGUCACUGUGUGAAGCAUUAGGUGUGUAAGGGGAAGGAAUGGUUACAAAGGCACUACUGGAGUGUUUGGGUAACACAAGGAACUGUUUGACAAAUGUACUUAAAGCGCCUUGUUGCCUUUGGGGAGAUACACUUAGCAUUGCCAGUGAUCAACAUAGGAGUUAGUGGCAUAUUGUAACCUGGCGUCCCCCAUUUGUGAGUGAUCUAAAACUCUUGGUAGCGGUUACAGGUAUUGAGAGUUGUAGUAAAGGUCACCUUUUUAUCACUUUAUGGUCUUCUAAUUUCAGAACCUGGUAAACUGAACGGCUUUGUAGACACAAUGCUUCUCAUGUCAGUGGGCAAGUGUAGCACCUUAUUAAGACUGGUAACUGAAAACUGUAGAACUUGCCCCUAGACCUCAUUACAGAAUGACCUUCUUUUAUUUUGAUUUUGUUUUUCUAUUCUUUGCACUGACUGGCUAUUUAAAAAAGGUUUUGAACAGAUGGAAAGAAAUUAUUCUAUCAAGUGUAAGUUAUCAGAUCUUUUCCAUUUGAGUUGUACCUUAUUCUUAUUGCUAAUCUAUCUGUAUACGUUCCCUGGUGUAUUUAUUUUGUUCCUUUCCUGCCUGACUGAAGUACUGUGUCUAUCAGAGCAAGGUUUAACUCUGUUUCAUAUGACCCCUAUUGUGUUUAUUUUCUUGACCACCAUGUUUGUUAGUAAUUUUUUAUAUGCCUAACUGUAAUUGUCAUGCACUUUCCUUUCCUUUUUUUUUGUGUCCUGCACUUCUUACUCACAUGUAUGUUAAAUGGAUAUAUUAAAAUAGUCACGAAUAGUAAAAAAAUAAUAAAUAAAUAAAUAGAAGCCCUUAAAGGGGUACUCUGUUCCCUUGCUUUCGGAGCUCCGCUCCCCAGCGACGGCCGUCACGCCCCCUUCCCAUAGACUUUCGUUGAGGGGGCGGGCGUAACGUCACGAGGGGCAGCCCUGAACAUGGAAGCCCGCACACACAUCGUUCGGAACAAUAACUUCCAGACGCUGUGGAGCGGUGCUCCGAAAGCAAGGGAACGGAGUACCCCUUUAAAAAAAAUAAAAAAUCCUGACCCAAAAAUAUUUUUGUAUUUUUAAAGGCAUAUCUGUCUAAAACACGGUUUUCAGCUUUACAGUUUCAUAUGGGACUUGUAUAUUCAGUGCCAAAAAGGUGAUCAGUUCAGGAUAAAGCAGGAAAAGCUUUCCCAAAUAAAACCAGGAGGUGAAGUUUCCCUGAUUUGUUUGACCUGAUCACAUUCUUGCUGCUAAAUAUACAGCUUCCAUGUUGAUCUGUAUCUCGGCAGCUCAGUGCAGCCUAAGUAUUAUUAUAAUUAAUUUUUAAUUGAUGACCUAUCAUUAUGGAAUGUACAGUCUCUUCGUGUACAUUGGGUCAGUCAUUUAUUGUGGCUAUGCAUGGGACUAAAGCUUCUUCCAAUACACUUGCACGAGUUGAAGCUGUAAAACCAUGCACCGCUACAAUGAACGUGGUAGCGGUCUACACUGCUAAGUCCACAGUGACGAAGACAUGGAGUGCUGCUUUCCGAAUCCUUUAAAUAGCUGAAAGGUAUGGGGGGGGUGACAGUCAGACCCUCACUGCUCUGACUUUGAUGUCCUAUUGUAAGAAUAGACUCAGUCUUGAAUAAUGAGUUAAUGAAAUCUUUAGGAUUUAUGUACACAGGACCUCAG